GGGUUGUUAUGGCAACUAAUAAUUAAUUUUAUAAUCUUUAGAGGGAAGAAAAGGGAAAAGGCCAGCCAUGAAAUACAGUAUCAAGAUAUUUGCAAGGAUACGUCCUACUAAAAAGGCAACUGGAUCUUACGAAAUUGGUACAGAUGAGGACACGCCCAAAUUGACUUUCAUAAUACCCCGUUUAGCCUCUGAUGGAUAUGUCAAUAACAAGAAGGAGGUUUUCACUUUCAAGUUUACUGAGGUUUUUGGCGACGAAGUCAAGCAAGAUCAAAUAUUUGACACUGUGGCUAGACCAGUCAUUGAAAAUUGUCUUGAAGGCUACAAUGGCACCAUUUUCGCAUACGGUCAGACUAAUUCUGGUAAGACGUUUACCAUUACUGGUGGAGCCGAGAGAUAUUCAGACAGAGGGAUAAUACCACGGACAUUGUCAUACCUGUUUCAGCAAUACCUUAAAUCUCCAGGGACAGUGUUCACUACUCAAGUAUCAUACCUUGAGAUUUAUAAUGAAAAUGGCUACGACUUACUUGAUCCAAAGCACGAAGCCUCUAAACUUGAAGACCUACCGAGAGUUGCUCUGUUUGAAGGAAGCAAUGGUGAGAUUCAUCUGAAGAAUCUAUCAAUGCAUUCGGUCACUAGUGAAGAGGAAGCUCUUAAUUGGUUAUUUCUUGGUGAUACAAACAGAAUGAUAGCUGAGACUCCUAUGAACAUGGCCUCUACAAGAUCUCAUUGUAUAUUCACUAUUCAUGUCACCAGUAGAGAGUCUGGGGCCGAUACUAUUAGAAAAUCAAAACUGCAUCUUGUUGAUCUGGCAGGAUCAGAGCGUAUCGGUAAGACUGGUGUAGGUGGAGCUUUAUUAACUGAAGCUAAAUACAUCAACUUGUCACUACAUUCUCUUGAACAGGUUAUUGUUGCCUUGUCAGAGAAGUCCCGUUCACAUAUACCUUACCGUAACUCCAUGAUGACUUCUGUAUUAAGAGACAGUUUAGGAGGUAACUGCAUGACGUCAAUGAUAGCAACACUGUCAAUUGAAAAGACUAAUAUUGAAGAGUCUAUAUCAACCUGUCGUUUCUCACAGCGUGUUGCACUAAUAAAGAAUGAAGCACUCCUUAAUGAAGAGGUUGAUCCAUCACUGAUGGUGGCUAGACUACAGCAGCGAGUUGAAGAGCUCAAACAAGAACUUGUUUUGGCGACUGGAGAAGAAAGGACAGAUGAGCUAACUGAUGAGGAAAAAUCCAGUGUAAGGAGUUCUGUGACUGAGUUUAUUGAGAGCAAGGAAAUGUCGUAUUUAAGUUUUAAUCCUCCAGACAUGAGGAAAAUCCAAUUAGCUUUUCAGAUUUUGAAAGAGACAAUAUUAACAGAAAGACAAUCAGAAAAAGAUUCUUCAUCACAUUUAUUAAAGAAAGAGAGAGAAGGGGAGGGGGAUUCAAACUCCACUGGCAAUGUUAGUAAUGUUGAAAUGAAGAGACUCCAAGAUAUGGUGCAUCAAAGAGAUGAAGAGCUAAAUGCCUUGUUGAAGAUGUUCAAGCAGGAGAAAAAGCUGGUAGCUGAGAGAGAGAAAUUACUAAAAGAACACUCCAUACAAUGGACCGAGAGACCCAAAUCACCUCGUCUAGGAAGGACGAGCCCACUCUCCACUUCCUCUGUACCGAGUAAUUUAGCCACACCUUCCAGUACGGUGACCACACCUCCUAGUGUUACAUCUGUGGCCACACCCAUUAAUGAUAAGAGGGCUCUUAUAAGAGCUGAAUUAUCGAAGGCACGUCAGUUAGCAUUUGACAAUUAUAGGCGGAAUAUUGCUGACACUGCAUUAUUGGAUCAGCACAAAGAUACCCUUAAAAAGAAGUACAGUGAAGCUAAAGAUUUAGGAGAGCAAGUUAAUAAAUCAAGAUUACAUAUUAAUCAACUAAAAACGAAACUUGAUAAACUUAAGCUAACCAGAGGCUUGCAAGACAAUCAUCAAGAAGAUGUAAGUGUCAGUGAAGAAAACACCAGAACAGCUUUAGAAGAAGAGAAGACAGAGUUUAAGAAGAUGUACACACGUUUAAAAGAACUCAAGACUGAGAUCGAACAUGUCCAGCAUUUGCUAGAGCGUGCUAAAGUCCAGCUCCAGCGUGAUUUUGAUCACUGGUGGACCACUCAAAACUCAUCUUCAAAUUCUUCUUCGUCUUCUCCUAUGGCAUCUCACGAGGAAGGAGAGUCUCUAAAACUUGUCAAGCCGGUUUCAGAAACAAUUUCCUUAGUCAGAGACACGAGGGCCAACGAUGAUAUUGUUGCAUUUUAUAAAGCUCGUCAAAAAAUGACCCAAAAACUCUCUUCUAAAUAAUGAUAAUGAUUAAUAAUAAUUGUGAAUACUAAAUAAUGAUAAUGAUUAAUAAUAAUUGUGAAUAUUCUUAACUAAGUUAAAUUGGAA